GAGAGAGAGAGAGAGAGAGAGAGAGCGCCACACACACAAAGAGAAAGUGAGUGGAGAAGAAACAUUAGAGGAGAGGGACAAAACAGACAAGAGACAUGUUUGUGGACUUCUGCGUGGCAUGGAAGGCACCUCCUAAACAAUACUGCAAGGGGUUCUGAAAUUUGAGCUCUAAUUUUUUUUUGCCAAACUACAAAAUAGACUACUAUAGCACAAAAAGAGGCAAAGGAGAGAAGAAGAGGAAAUGAAGGACUUGGUGAAUUCAGUAGAACUGGGGGUCUCUCAGAGGAAAGGGGAGAGAGUCACUCGACCCAAGGUUUGGCUAAAGAACGAAUUUGUUCGAGUGGGACUUGCUGAAUAUCUUUGCACAUAUGUCAUGAUGGUGUUUGGCCUGGGCUCUGUGGCCCAAGUAGUGACAGGACAGGGAGAAUUCGGACAGUACAUCAGCAUCAACCUGGGCUUCGCGCUGGGUGUCACCAUGGGGGUGCACGUUGGGGGGAAAGUCUCAGGGGCGCACAUGAAUGCCGCGGUAUCAAUCACAAUGUGCACAUUUGGUCGCCUCGCGUGGAAGAUGUUGCCUGUGUACAUUUUCGCGCAGCUGUUGGGAUCGUUUCUGGCGGCGGGGACAAUUUAUGCCGUCUACUACGAGGCCAUACAUGAUUAUUGUGGCGGAAACCUGACUGUGACUGGUGACAGAGCCACUGCUGGUAUCUUCGCCACCUAUCCGGCACCAUACCUCUCCUUGCCAGCUGGAUUCUUCGACCAGGUGUUUGGCACAGCCAUGCUGCUGAUGUGCCUGAUGGCUCUGUCCGACCAGAAGAACAAGCCGGCCGCAGCAGGCAGCGAGCCUGUCGCCGUGGGUCUCCUGGUGCUGCUCAUUGGAAUUUCUCUGGGCAGCAACAGCGGCUACGCUAUCAACCCCAACAGAGACAUUGCACCCAGGGUCUUCACUGCCAUAGCAGGCUGGGGAGCUGAUGUGUUCAGGUCUGGAAAUGGUUGGUGGUGGGUGCCUCUAGUUGCUCCGCCCAUUGGAGGCAUAUUGGGUGCGGGGAUGUACAGGGCUUUGGUGGAAUUGCACCACCCACCUGUCUAUGAACAGGGUGAGGGGUUGUUGGAGGAGUUGAAGGAGUUGAAGGAGGAGACGGAUCAUAAAAACAACUGUGAGAAUGCAUGUGUGUGAGAAACCCAGCUAUGUCAAGUAUCAAAGGCAUAUGUGGAUGUAUGAUUAUCUGUAUAUAGGAGAAACGUUCCAUGUUAAUGAAAAGUUGAAAAAAGAAAGACCAAAAAUGAAAUGAUUAGAUAGAGGUUAUUCGUUGGAAUAUAAUGUUUUAUGAGAUUCAACGCAUCAUGUUAUUCAACUAGAUACUGAAAAAAAAGUCUGACUGUGGCACAGACACUAUAACACAUACACUAUCUGAUGCUGACAACAUCUAUGAUUUACUCCUCCCACUGCUAAUUAUAGUAACUAAAUUAAAUAUGACCUGCUUAUAUAACUGAGGAUAUAGCAGCUAAUAUAACCUCAGUGUCAUCCAUUACAACAAUCAACAGGGGACCACUUACAGGAGCUUGGAAAGUGUAUGUAAAGAAAAAACAAACAGCCCCAACCAAUACUUGAGUCAGCAUGUAUUCUUUUGAAAAUAAAAUAGAAACAGUAGACGUUCGUUCCUCAUAGCUUGAGGUCAGCACAACCAUAUAGGUCUUUAUAUAUAUAUAUAUAGUGUUUUGAGUAAUUUUGGGGGAGGGUUAAACCUGACCGCCAAAUUUUAUCUCCAAAAUCCUGCAUGGUAUUAUAAGUAUCACUAUACAAUAUUAAGAUCAACAGGCCUAUGUCUAACAUACAUUCAUAUUUAUGUGGUUUACGUUACAGUGAAACCCACGAGGCACUGCAGAGGCACAGUGGCCGGCAAAACACUGGAGCUUGACGCUUUGUUACCAGUCUUUCAUAUUUCAAAAUGAAGCCUUCCAUGGUUCAUAUUUGCAUAAGAGUUACGUAACUUUUGACACCGAAGCUCCCAGGUGUCUGUCUGUCAGUUUCCUCAGCCCCUGAGAAGUGUCUGCAUGGUAAAAAAACAGAAAAACUAUUUUACUGCCGCAUAAACGCAAGGAGAUUUUAUUGACCAAUUCUUUCAAACUUCUUUUAGAUAUAAUAUAUAUUAUAUUAUAUUGCUGAAUCUGGCUGUUUCAGAAAGUCUCAUUUCUCCAUCAUGUAGCAGUGGGAGGUAAAAAACACAAUACUUGAGUUAUCAGUACUUUCCAUGUUUAUUUAAAUGUAAGGCAGGUAUGAACAUCCGCUUUACUCGUUGCGUUGCUUCCAAGUGGUGCCAUCACAUCAACCAUAUGUUGAGCCGGGAAACCCUUGGUUAUGUUCAGACACUCAGCCGGUCCAAAAGGUCCAGUCUAAGAAGGAAUUGAUGCCUGCUCUUUUUAGUCAUGCUGACCAUGUUCGCAUGCACUCACCCAAUGUAUGGGAACCUUCUCACCGCUUUGCCCCACCGUGUCUUCCCAUGCGGCCUUGGCUCUUGGCGGUGCUUUUUAAGAUGCACUGUGCCUGCGGCUUCUUCUUGGGGGCCGGUGCCUUGGUUUUGCCUUUGAAGGCGUUGGUGGGGUCCAGCUUGUUGAGAUAAGAAUCCCCUGCAGGAUCAGCCUGGCCCAGCUCACAGCUGAAGGUCAGCGGCUGGUACAGGGAUGCCCACUGCUGUAUAGGGUACAGCGUAUAGAGAUUGUGUGUUAUUUUUAUAGUUAUGUGAACAAAUAUGUUCUAGUAAUAGCUUAUACACUAACCAUUAGAAACUGGGGGAACACUAGGAACACAACAGAGAAAGUCUCGCUACAUGCAUUACUCAAUGUUCCAGCAGUGUAAUUUAUAAUCUCAGGAACUGCUGGAUUUAAAAGGCUUUAAAAACAAAAUACUGAAAAGACAGAAGGUUUGUAAUUUUCCUAUUUCCGACAUUGAGGUUAAACACUUGCCUUGUGUAAGUGUCUCAAAACUUUGUGUUGUGUCAUCAUUUUGAUUAUUGGAUCAGCCAAUAUUGUCAUAUAAAGGGAAAAGACUGAAUAAAAUGUGUUUUAAUAUACAA